GCGGGCGAGGAGGCGUGUCGGGCGGACGCUGGCGCGGCUCGCGCCCCCGCCGCCAUGGCGUCCUCGUCGUCCAAGGCCUCCGAUUCCUCCUCCCACCGCCCCAAGCGGCUGGAUCAAGGGCCGGGGAAGGACGCGGCCGGCCUCGUCGCGCUCCACGGGAAGCUGACGCAGCUGAAGCGCCAGGUCCAAUCCACCCGCCUCGCCGCGAUCAAGGAGAGGGUAGAGGCGAACAGGAAGGCGCUGCAGGGGCACACGUGCGCUCUGUUCGAUGUCGCCGCGGCGGCGGAGGCGGCAUCAAGGGGCGCCGAGGGCGGCAACGCACUGUCGCAGCGCGCAGCGGAGGGGCGGCGCAGGCUCGUCGGGUGGGACUCGGCGAGCGGAUCGGGAGAGAGGGAGCUGGUGCACUUACAGGAGGAAAACCUGGCUGCCGGGACGCUCGUGCUCUCGAGCUCUGGCAGCGGCGCCUCGCAUAGGACCGUCGUCCAGCUUGUGAUGCUGCCCGUCGUUGAGAAGAUUCCGCCCUACACCACGUGGAUCUUCCUGGACAAAAACCAAAGAAUGGCCGAUGAUCAAUCAGUUGGUAGGAGGAGAAUUUACUAUGACCCAAUUGUCAAUGAGGCGCUGAUCUGCAGUGAAAGUGAUGAUGACAUUCCAGAGCCAGAGGAGGAGAAACAUGUUUUCACGGAAGGAGAAGAUCAGCUAAUAUGGAAAGCUACUCAAGAUCAUGGGUUAAGUCGAGAGGUUUCAAAUGUCCUCUGCCAGUUUGUUGAUGCAACUCCUUCAGAAAUUGAGGAAAGAUCAGAAGUUCUUUUUGAGAAAUAUGAGAAGCAGUCUCAAUCUUCUUACAAGACAGAAAUGCAACUUUUUCUUGACAAGACCAUGGAUGUGGCUUUAGAUUCUUUUGAUAAUCUCUUCUGCCGGAGAUGUUUGGUUUUUGACUGCCGUCUCCAUGGGUGCUCCCAGAACUUAGUAUUCCCCAGCGAGAAGCAACCAUAUGGUCAUGACAUUGAUGAAAACAAGAGACCGUGUGGCAAUCAGUGUUACCUUCGAAGGAGAGAAGGCCAUCAAGAUAUGUGCAAUGAUGAUCACAAUGCUUGUACAACAUUUAAUAUGGAUUCAAGAUCUUCCUCACUUAAACUUGGUGCUACGAUAUUGUCUGAAUCAGAAGAUUCAAACAGAGAGGAAGAUAACAAUAAAUCCACCUCAGUUGUUGAAACCAGCAGGUCAAAAAUAGCUAAUGCUGAAUAUGCUGUCAAAAGUGCAACACCACCUCCUGGAGAUACUUCUGAAACUGAAAAUGUAUCCCCUGACAUGGUCCUAAAAAAUUUUGGCAGGCGUAAGAUUUCAAAGCAUGCCUCCAGGUCUAACGAUCAUUCACCUGAUAAAAGGCAGAAGAUUUGUAGUUCACAGUUUUCUUUUGCAACCAGUGUACUGAACGAGCAACAUGUUCCAGAAAUUGGUGAUACAUGUCCAGAUUCCAGAGAAUCUGUAAUUGAUCAACUUAAUCUGGAUGACCCUAAUAAGAAAAUUUCUACCAAAGAUAUGUGUGCUGGAAGCACAACUAAUACUACUGAAGAUGCUUUACGAGAUAAUAAUAAUUUGUUCACUUCCAGCAAGGAUCACUCUAUUUCUCUUUGGAGUGCUUUAGAGAGAGAUUUGUACUUGAAGGGAAUUGAGAUAUUUGGGAAAAACAGUUGUCUCAUAGCUAGAAACCUAUUGUCUGGCCUGAAGACCUGCAUGGAAGUGGCUAGCUACAUGUACAACAAUGGUUCAGCAAUGGCAAAGAGACCUCUAUCUGGUAAAUCCGUUUUAGGUGACUUUGCAGAAGCUGAGCAAGUUUACAUGGAGCAAGAUUUGGUGGCAAGGACAAGAAUUUGUCGUCGUAAGGGCCGAGCUCGAAAGCUCAAAUACACUUGGAAGUCUGCAGGGCAUCCAACUGUUAGAAAAAGAAUUGGUGAUGGAAAGAAAUGGUAUACGCAGUAUAACCCAUGUGGGUGUCAGCAAAUGUGUGGCAAAGAUUGCCCCUGUCUGGAAAAUGGAACUUGCUGCGAGAAGUAUUGCGGGUGUUCAAAGAGCUGCAAAAACAGAUUUAGAGGCUGCCAUUGCGCAAAAAGUCAAUGCAGAAGCAGACAAUGCCCAUGUUUUGCAGCCAACCGCGAAUGUGAUCCAGAUGUUUGCAGAAACUGCUGGGUGAGCUGUGGAGAUGGUUCACUAGGAGAGCCACCGGCAAGAGGUGAUGGCUAUCAGUGUGGAAACAUGAAACUCCUCCUGAAACAACAACAACGGAUUUUGCUUGGAAAGUCUGAUGUUGCUGGUUGGGGUGCAUUCAUUAAGAACCCGGUAAAUAGAAAUGAUUACCUAGGUGAAUACACCGGCGAAUUGAUUUCUCAUAGAGAAGCAGACAAGCGUGGCAAAAUUUAUGAUCGAGCAAACUCGUCGUUCCUAUUUGAUUUAAAUGAACAGUAUGUAUUGGAUGCUUAUCGCAAGGGGGACAAACUGAAGUUUGCAAAUCACUCGUCCAGUCCUAACUGCUUUGCAAAGGUUAUGUUGGUGGCUGGUGAUCAUCGGGUUGGUAUCUAUGCAAAGGACCGCAUUGAGGCUAGCGAGGAACUCUUUUAUGAUUAUCGCUAUGGACCUGACCAGGCCCCAGCUUGGGCAAGGAGACCGGAAGGGUCAAAAAAGGAUGAAGCAUCUGUCUCUCACCAUCGAGCGCACAAAGUUGCUAGAUAGUCGAAGAGUAGCUCCAGAUGAUACCGGCACCUGUAAACUAUAUCGUCAUUGAAAUACAUUUUAGUUCUAGUCCAUUAUACAAGGUCUAUUCGUUGGCAUAAUAAGCAUAUUCUAUAUUCCUUGUUCUUGGUAAAUAAACUGAGGUAUCGGGUAUGCGAAUAAAAGAAAAAUAAGCCGUUGGCAACUUUAUUUGUACAAAGUUUGGAAUUUAUGCUAUGUAUAAUUUUUGCCU